GAUAGAGCGAGGGAGUGAAAAGAGGGAAGGGUGAAAGAGAGAGAGAGAGAGAGUGUGUAUGUGUGUAUGUGUGUGUGAGUGAGAGCAUAAUCAGGGGAAAUAAUCGGCGGCACAUAAUCCGACGUCCCCGUGAACACGUCCGUCAAGUCCUCCGAUGUCUAGUGCUGAGGUGGCGGACAGCUCCGUUGAUCCCCCAGCCAAGAAGCGACGCGUUGGUGCUGCCAGCACGACGGGAGGAGCCGACGACGAGCUGACGACGACGAACGUGGCGGAGAUGGACGUAGACAUGGCGAAGAACGGCUCCACGAGCACCAGCGCCGGCACCGCUGGCCGGGCGCCCGCCGAGAUCGAUGAGGGUCUAUACUCGCGGCAGCUCUACGUCCUUGGACACGACGCCAUGCGCCGCAUGGCGUCCUCGGACGUGCUCAUCUCCGGCCUCGGCGGCCUCGGCGUCGAGAUCGCCAAGAACAUCAUCCUCGGCGGCGUCAAGUCCGUCACCCUCCACGACCACGCCGCCUGCAAACUCGCCGAUCUGGGCUCGCAGUUCUAUCUCACCGAGGCGGACGUAGGUAAGAAUCGUGCGGCUGCAUGCUGUCAACGCCUGUCGGAGCUGAACAAUUACGUGCCUACUCGCCACUACUCCGGCCCGCUGAGCGAGGAUUACAUUCAGCAGUUCAAGGUCGUGGUGCUGACGGAGACACCGUUGACCGAGCAGCUGCGCAUCUCGCAGAUCACCCGCGCCAACGACAUCGCCCUGAUACUCGCCGACACCCGCGGCCUCUUCUCGCAGGUGUUCUGCGACUUUGGCGAGUCGUUCACGGUGGUGGACACGAAUGGCGAGCCGCCGGUGAGCGCGAUGGUCGCCAGCGUCUCGCGCGACAGCGAAGGCGUCGUCACCUGCCUGGACGACACACGCCACGGCAUGGAGGACGGUGACUACGUCACGUUCUCCGAGGUGCAGGGCAUGACCGAGCUAAACGGGUGCGAGCCGAUCAAGAUCAAAGUGCUGGGCCCGUACACUUUCAGCAUUGGCGACACUUCCAGGUUCUCCGAGUACGUGCGCAGUGGUAUCGUGACCCAGGUAAAGAUGCCCAAGACCCUGCACUUCACGCCGUUACAAACGGCCCUGAAGAAACCAGAGUUUCUCGUCACGGACUUCGGCAAAUUCGACUAUCCGGAGCAGCUGCAUCUGGCCUUCCUGACGCUGCAUCAGUACAUGGCCGACAGGGGCACGUUGCCGCGAUCGUGGAACCAGUCGGACGCCGACGAGUUCGUCGCCCUCGCCGAGCAGGUCAAGGACAGCCACGGAUUUGACACCGAGAUAAACGGCGAGCUGCUGCGCACGUUCGCCAAGGUAUCCGCCGGCGACUUGAAUCCCAUGAACGCCACGAUCGGCGGCAUCGUUGCCCAAGAGGUGAUGAAGGCUUGUUCCGGCAAGUUCCACCCCAUCUAUCAAUGGCUGUACUUCGACGCCAUCGAAUGCCUGCCCGUUGACCGUUCGGAGCUCACCGAGGAGGACUGCAGUCCCACGGGAUCCCGUUACGAUUCUCAGGUGGCUGUUUUCGGCAAGAAAUUCCAAUCCAAGAUCGGCAGCUUGAAGUACUUCGUGGUCGGUGCCGGUGCAAUUGGUUGUGAAUUAUUGAAGAACUUUGCGAUGGUCGGCGUCGGCGCGGAGAACGGUUGUGUCACGGUUACAGACAUGGACCUAAUCGAGAAGUCCAACUUGAAUCGGCAGUUUCUGUUCAGACCGUCGGACGUGCAGCAGUCCAAGUCGUCGACGGCGGCCAGGGUCAUCAAGGGCAUGAAUCCCGACAUGAAGGUGGUCGCGCACGAGAAUCGGGUGUGCCCGGAGACGGAGAAGAUCUACAACGACGAUUUCUUCGAGGUGCUGGACGGCGUGGCGAACGCGCUCGACAACGUCAACGCCCGCAUCUACAUGGACCGUCGUUGCGUGUACUAUCGUAAACCCCUACUGGAAUCCGGUACACUCGGCACUAAGGGCAACACUCAGGUUGUGGUGCCGUUCCUCACUGAAUCUUACAGCUCGUCGCAGGACCCGCCGGAGAAGAGCAUUCCCAUCUGCACGCUCAAGAACUUCCCCAACGCCAUCGAGCACACUCUGCAAUGGGCCCGCGACAACUUCGAAGGCCUGUUCCGCCAGUCGGCGGAGAACGCGGCGCAGUACAUUUCCGACGGGCAGUUCGUCGAUCGGACGCUCAAGCUGCCCGGUGUGCAACCCCUCGAGGUGCUGGAGUCCGUCAAAACGGCGCUGGUCGACGAGAGGCCGAACAACUUCGCGGAUUGCGUGGCAUGGGCCCGUUGCCACUGGCAGGAGCAGUACAGCAAUCAAAUCCGCCAGCUGUUGUUCAACUUCCCGCCGGAUCAGGUGACCUCGAGCGGCCAGCCCUUCUGGUCCGGCCCGAAACGCUGUCCGGAUCCACUGGCCUUCGACGUCAAUGACUCUCUGCAUAUAGAUUACAUCGUUGCCGGUGCCAAUCUCAAGGCCAAAGUUUACGGGAUACCCACGAACCGCGACAGAGAAGAGAUCGCCAGGAUCCUAGCCACCGUCAAAGUACCGGUCUUCACGCCCAAGUCCGGCGUGAAAAUCGCCGAAACGGACUCGCAGGUGCAGGUGUCGAACGGCAGCGGCAACAUCGACCACGAACGAUUGUCGCAGCUGCAGGAAGAGCUGCCGAAGGUGGAGAAUCUGAACGGCCUGGCGAUUUACCCGCAGGAAUUCGAGAAAGACGACGACACCAACUUCCACAUAGACUUCAUUGUCGCGGCGUCGAAUUUGCGCGCCACCAACUACAAGAUCUCGCCGGCGGAUCGGCACAAGAGCAAACUGAUCGCCGGCAAGAUCAUCCCGGCGAUCGCCACCACCACCUCAGUGGUAGCCGGUCUCGUCUGUCUGGAACUGUACAAGCUGACGCGCGGCGUACGCGACCUGUCGCUCUACAAGAACGGCUUCGUGAACCUGGCGCUACCGUUCUUCGGUUUCAGCGAGCCGAUUGCCGCCCCCAAGCUCAAGUACUACGACAUCGAGUGGACGUUGUGGGACCGUUUUGAAGUGAAGGGCGAGUUGACGUUGAAGGAAUUCCUCGACUACUUCAAGGAGCGCCACAAUCUGGAAGUGACAAUGCUGUCGCAGGGUAUCUGCAUGCUGUACUCGUUCUUCAUGGCGAAGCCCAAGUGCCAGGAGCGUAUGGGCCUGCUAAUGUCGGAGGUGGUGAAGAAGGUGUCGAAGAAGAAGCUGGAGCCGCACGUGCGCGCCCUCGUGUUCGAGCUGUGCUGCAACGACGAGGACGGGAACGACGUCGAGGUGCCGUACGUGCGCUACACUCUACCCUGACUCGCCCGCGCGGCCCCCGAUCGCGCCAGAUGAUGUCUACUUAACUAAGACACUUUAGCCGUACAUAGUGAUUUCUACAAAUUUCUAUUUUACGACGAUGUAAUACAUACAGGAGACAUUACUGUUGCUGAUCCUCGUCUAUGAAUGUCUGUGUGAAGGCACUCUUUCUUUCUACAUGUAUACAGAGUUUUCUUUCUUUCUUUUUUUUUCUUUACACCGUCAGAGAUGUGAAUUCUCACGCGUUACUACCGCCAGCGCUUAGUAGUGAUCUUGAGCAGCGAGGUCGGAUUCUUCAUUUCGUUUAGGGAAUUAGAUUCGUGCGCGAGUUUGCUCCCCGAUCGGUCGCUACGAACGUGCCGGAUUAUGAUGUUUCCUCAUUAUUUGAACUACAUUGUCACUUGCUCAAACAAGUACAGAGUAUCCAAUUUCCUAUUUUCUAGAAAACAUUUUUUUGACGAUCAAGCUUCUUUCCUUUUAACUGAUAGACGAUCCAUGGUGAAAACUAUUAAAAAAAAUUAAUAAAUUCUCCACGUAUCGUGGACCUGUUAAAUAAACUAACGAGCUACGGAUUCAAAAUAAUCAGAUCUGUGCACGUGUGCGUCUGUUAAUGCGCGCGUGCAAAUUUCUCACUCUCUUUCGCUCUUCGAAUUUAUAUCUCGAUACGAUAUGCGAAAAUAGACACCCGCUUUCUCAUCCUCCUGAUGUCAUAAUCCGAUAUACACGAUCGCAGCGACGAAUCUCGCGCGGAGUCUCGCGUUCGGCUUGCCGGGGCUAAAUUUACUUCUCGUCUUUCUCUCGGCUGUACCUUAUUUUGUACCGGUUUGCUCGCGACGCGCCCCAAUGCGAUUGCGAUCCGAUUGGGGGAGAAAGGAAGAAGUGAAAAUAGAAGCAAAUAGAAGCAAAUUUCCACGACGGCGGAAGAGGAGGAUAUCUUCAAUGAGAUUACGACUCCCUUUCGGCUCGCUCGGACGAACAUACGUGCCGCCCUUAUUCAGCAGAAUCUGAUGUAAAUCAAACUGGAGAGAUGGAUACUCCUUAUUAUCGUCUCUUGAGGUUCCUUAGACCGAUGUAUUAUUAAACGUAGUCCCGUAGAAAGAUGUAUAAAUAAUCAGUCCCGGGCUGUUAACGAACGUCAUACGCCUCGUGUUUCUUUCUCUUCCUUUCGUUUCUUUUUUUUUUGUUUUUCGUUUGCGCGCAAGUGAUUGUCCCAACGGGAGUGAAGGAGCGGCUACGCGCGACCAGGUCCUUGGAGAUAUAUUUCUUUCAUCGUCCGCCUUUUCCAACGUUCUCACGAAAGAUUUGAUACGCGUUUAGGGCUUUUACAAUCGGUACGAUUACGUUCACAUCUGAUUUAUCCGCUUCGCAACGUCUUUCUCGAAUAAUAAUGAUAAUAUAAUAGUAGCAGUAGUGGUAGCAGUAGUAGUUAGUAGUAGUAGUAAUAAUAAUAAUAAUGAAUAAACUAUUGGAUAAGGCUGGUUGUUGUUACGACGUAUACACUGCAUUUAAAUUUAUAAAACGAUGUCUUUGGAAGAAAGAGAAGCUUCUUAAAAAAGAAAAAAAUAGAGAAGAAAAUAAAAAAAUUGCGUACACACUUUAGACCAAGGAAGAUAAACAAACAUAAAAGGAAAGAUAUUUUGUUAAUUUUAGGAUAUAUAAUGCGGAUAUUUAUUAUAUAUAUAUAUAUAUAAAUAUAUCAUUUCGUCGAUAGACAAAUAGAUGUGUUUGGAUUUCAAGAAGUAUGAAAUAAUAACGAGAAUAAAAUGGGAAGUAUACA